GGAGCGUUUUAUCGCACGGACUAUCAACAACGAAGAUGGCGCCGACGGUUUGCACGUAGCUGCAGAGGGAAGGUGAACUCUUGUUGUCGUGUUAAACAAGAUCAUCAGAGCUGCUGGACUCUGAGCCACAGUGCAGUCAUGGUGCUGAAGAUUUUCUUCCCACAGUGCUGUAACCGGGCGGAGAGCGGGCUGCUGGUGGGCCGCUGGAUCUCUGGUCAUGACUCAGCCGUGGUGCUGGCGGUCAUUCACUACCCCUUCAUCCCCGGGCAGGUCAAACAGUACAUCCAGCAGAUGCAGGCCCAGAGCGGGGUGGAGCUGACGGUACUCGGCUCCUGGAGUUUGCCUAAAGAGGGUCAGGAGAGCAUGGAGAGCUUCCUCAGGGACCUCAGCACCAUUUUCCCCCAGCAGCGCUGGCUCCAGGUCAGUCGCCAAAUGGGAAAGAUGGGCUUCAUCUGUGAGGUCGUCAACCGGAACCAAAAUGGGCAAGAAACUCAGCAGGAAGCAAAAAAGCAAAAUGAUGAGGAGGAGGAGAAGGUGAUCUUUGUCCACUAUGAGCAGAGGAAGGUGAUGCUGUCGCAGCUCCACCCCACUGAGAGUGGAGAUCCUGACCUCAACACCGAGCCGCCGUCUGAGCUGAAACAGGUGUUCCAGACGGUAGCGCGCAGCCAGCCUCUGUUCUUCCUGGAUCGCUACGAUGACGGGCCGCUGAAGUCGACGCACUGGCAGUCUGAAGGCCGGGAGGCCAGCAUCAUCGUGGAGCUGCUUAAACAGGCCUCAGUGCCGCUGUGUGUGCUCAUCAGCUGGCUGCUCGCCUUGUGGACGUGGCUCUGCAGCAUCCGGAUCUUCAGUCUUUACCCGCUGCGCUUCCUGUCCAGUAAACUGUCCACAUGUGUCCAGAUCAGCUACAGGACCGAACACAUGAGGACGCUGAGCUCGCCCAAACCAGCCAUCGAGCAUAAGCAGUUCAUGAGGAAAGGCAACAUCCUGGUGUCGUUCCUGGUGGACGUGGGGCUCGGCGUCCUGCUCAUGUCGUGGCUCUACAGAGACGACCACAUCGCCACGCUGGCUAACAUGCUGAUGCCUGCAGCUGAUCAUGUGGCUAAAGAGCUGGAGGAGCUGCUGCAGUGGCUGAUGGGAGCUCCAGCCGGGCUGAAGAUGAACCGGGCCCUGGACCAGGUUCUGGGCCGCUUCUUCCUGUACCACAUACACCUCUGGAUCAGCUACAUCCACCUGAUGUCUCCAUUCAUCGAGGGGAUCCUGUGGUACGGAGGUCUGUCGGCCUGCCUUGGCCUGACCUUUGCCCUCUCGCUGCUGUCAGACAUGGUGGCCCUGCUCACCUUCCACAUCUACUGCUUCUACGUCUACGGAGCCAGGCUGUACUGUCUGAAGAUCUAUGGGCUCUCGUCGCUCUGGAGGCUCUUCAGAGGGAAGAAGUGGAACGUCCUGCGGCAGAGAGUGGACUCCUGCUCCUAUGACGUGGACCAGCUCUUCAUCGGGAUGCUGCUCUUCACCAUCCUGCUGUUCCUGCUGCCCACCACCGCCCUCUACUACCUGGUCUUCACUCUGCUCCGGCUCGUGGUGGUGCUGUUCCAGGGCGUCCUCCACCUCAGCGUGGACUUCAUCAACUCCUUCCCGCUGUUUGCCAUGGGCCUCCGCCUCUUCAGACCCUACAGACUGGCAGAAGGUGUAAAGUUCCAGGUGCUGUGUGAGGAGCCGGGCACCGCCCUUCACCUGCUGAUGGAGAUAAACCCUCUGAAGUGCAGCACUGUGGUGCAGCUGUACCGCACCCUGACAUACAGCUGCUACCCCAGAGACUCAUGGGCCGCUCUGGUCAAGAAGCUGUUUGUCGGGGAGCUGAUUUAUCCCUGGAGACACAAAAGCACCAAGGUUGACUGAGAGAGAGCCAGAAAUGCGAUGGAGGAAGAGGAGAGACGAGGGAGCGGGGGAAAGGGAAGAGACUGAAUAAAUAAAGAGAUGGAAACGGACAGGAAAAAGACAGACGACCUUCGGGAGAUGCUUUUAUAUUUGAUGGGAAGAGCGUCACAGAGAACAUCGCCUGAAGCUGCCGACUCAUCGCGUCUACAGCUUUCUGCUCAGCCUGAAGGUGGAUGAUGAAUAUUUGAGCUCACACGGAUACCAGAAACAGGACAACCAGCAAAUAGUCACGUCCUGCUGGUGUUGGUUUAAGAGCUGUGGGUAUAAAAACACUCGAGGAAGCUCUUUCACUCUUUCAGAGUAAAAUUCAACUAACCUGAUCGUUCCUUUGACUUUACAGAUUUACAUUUUUAUUUGUCAUUAUAAAAGACUUUAUGUUUAAGGAAGAACAACAAAACUGGACCAAAACAACUCCUGUACGAGCUGUGAUCAGCCAUAAAAAGUAACAAACACACGUCUAAUUCUCUGUUUGGUUUUUGUACAGUCACUUAAAAUAAAGUUCCCCCUCCAAACUGUAGAACCACUUUAGCAGCAACUAAACUUGAGGAAACUUAAAUUAAAGGUGUUCUUUCAUCAGUCUCACAUCACUGUGGAGGACUUUUGGACAGACGUGUGCCAGCUGCCCUGGUUAAUCCACCAGCAUGCACCAAGGCUUCAAUCAAAGUCAUGUUUUUAAUGAGAAAAUCUAAAUAUUGUUCUCUUGUGUUUAUGGCGAGUGGUACAUUUGUAAAGCACCUUAAAGGAGCUUUUUAAGAAUGACCUGAUCUUGUUGUUUUGUGUUAACGUGAGUAAAACUGUGGAGCCGUAAACUGUUCGCCUUCAGUGCAGACACACAAACUCGAUCAAAUGACUCUUUAUAUUAACCAACUGCACUGAAUAUGUUAAUAGCUGGAAUCUUUAAUCCUUAAAUAAUUGUAACCAGAAAAAAUGUUUUUUUUAUUUUGAUGUCUUUUACGUGUCUGUUUUUAACCUGAGAGCGAUUUAGUCUAAAUGAAAUAAUGAAUGUUCUUCUUCCACUCACUGACUCUGCACGUCUGUUACAGCCGUGAAGUCUGAUUUUUGUCGUUCAUUUUAAAUGUAAUGUGCCUGUUUUGUUAUGUCUGAUCAAACCUUUUGACUAAAUUCAGCUUUUCAUUAAACGUUGGGGAAAAUCCAGGA